AUGGCGAGAACACGCGCGACAACAGCUAGAGGUAGAAGUGGAGGCAGAGGAGCUGGCAGAGGGGCGGCCCCAGCUGGGGGCGGCGUCCCAGUGGUUGACCCCGAGCCUCCAGUGGUUCCUAAUGAGGUAGCGGGAGAUGCAGCCGCACCAGCCCAACCAGCGGCAGUACUUGUUCCGCCAGGAGCUGCAGCUGCUCAGGGUAUACAAGAUACAAUGGCACAAGUGCUAAAUUGGUUGCACGGGUUAGCACAGGCAGGAGCUAUACCAACCGGUCCAACAGGUAGGGGCGCAGGAGUAGCAGCCCCAGGUCCGGACAGAGCACAGGCUCUGAGGGUUCAGCAUGCAGCAGCAGUGGCACCUCGCUUGGAGGAAGUUCCGGGUUUUGAGGCCUUUCCGAGGCCAGUUACAGGGCUAGUAAUGACUGGAUAG